ACUUGCAGAUCUGAUGGAAGAACAUCAAGAAGAGUUAGCAACAAUAGAGUCUAUAGACUCAGGAGCUGUCUACACUUUAGCUUUGAAGACCCAUAUUGGAAUGUCUGUGCAAACAUUUAGAUACUUCGCUGGAUGGUGUGACAAAAUCCAGGGUGCUACAAUUCCAAUUAACCAGGCACGACCAAACCAUAAUCUAACAUUCACCAAGAAAGAGCCAAUAGGUGUCUGUGCAAUUGUUAUUCCCUGGAAUUACCCACUGAUGAUGCUUGCAUGGAAGAGCGCAGCUUGCUUGGCUGCAGGCAACACACUUGUACUCAAGCCAGCUCAGGUCACACCUCUGACUUCCUUGAAGUUUGCAGAACUCUCGGCUAAAGCUGGAUUUCCUAAGGGUGUUAUAAAUAUUCUGCCUGGUUCAGGUGGCUUAGUGGGACAGCACCUCUCUGAACACCCAGAUGUUCGCAAAGUUGGAUUCACUGGUUCAACACCAACUGGCAAACAGAUCAUGAAGAGUGCAGCCACUAAUCUGAAGAAAGUUUCUCUUGAACUUGGUGGUAAAUCACCACUGAUCAUAUUCAGUGACUGUGAACUUGACAGAGCCGUGAAAAUGGGCAUGGGAGCAGUAUAUUUCAACAAAGGAGAAAACUGCAUUGCAGCUGGCAGACUGUUUGUGGAAGAAUCAAUCCAUGAUGAAUUUGUUAGCAAAGUGGUGGAAGAAAUAAAAAAGAUGAAAAUUGGUGACCCACUUGAUAGAUCUACAGAUCACGGUCCACAAAAUCACAAGGCACAUUUGGAAAAGCUGCUGCAAUAUUGUGAAACCGGAGUAAAAGAAGGAGCCACUCUAGUGUAUGGAGGAAGACAAGUACGUAGACCAGGUUUCUUCAUGGAACCCACUGUAUUCACAGACGUUGAAGACCAUAUGUAUAUUGCCCAGGAAGAGUCCUUUGGUCCUGUGAUGGUGAUUUCUAAAUUUAAAAAUGGAGAUGUUGACGGAGUGCUGCGACGGGCAAACGCCACAGAAUAUGGCUUAGCUUCGGGAAUUUUCACAAAGGACAUCAGCAAAGCUCUCUACAUCAGUGAAAAGCUCGAAGCUGGAACAGUUUUUAUUAACACCUAUAACAAAACUGAUGUGGCAGCACCAUUUGGUGGAUUUAAACAGUCUGGCUUUGGGAAAGAUUUAGGUGAAGAAGCUCUUCAUGAAUAUCUCAGAACCAAGGCUAUCACUGUGGAAUAUUGAAGUAACAACUUCCUUUGGAAAGGAAACUUUCGGCAGAGUUUCAACCUUGAUGACUCCAUGAAGCACUCUAUAUCAUGCCCAGGAUAUGCUGUCUGCAGUGCUACAACUUAAAAAAAAAAAACCAAACAAAACACUCAUUCCAUGGAUAAGUUUCUAUAAAUCAGGUCCAAAUUUGAGUUUUGCUGACAGAUAAAAGCAUUUGGAAAUUAACCUGAAGUUAUUUAAAUUAUGCAGCAGCAGUUGGUCGCACAGUCCCCCCCCUCACCCCCCCAAAAAAAACCAAGAAUAUGAUUUAUUUUUUUAAAUACAACUGAAGAAUGAGUUCUCACAUGCCAACUUAUUUGUGUGAACAUAAUCUUUACAUGAUAAUUUUAAAUCCUUAGUCAUUAGGCUUCUCUUAAAGUUGAACUAAAAUAUAUUGAUUAUGCCCUUUUUGCUAUAAACCAGUUGAAGUUUUACAGCAGCAAUUAAACAUUCUGCUCUGGUGAUUCUUCAGCAGUACAGAAAAACCUUUGUGCCAUAAGAAAUAAAUCAAUGCAAGGAAGUGCACUUAAUAUGAUCUUUGUAUAGUACAUACAGAGUUCAACAUCAGUGUUAAACUAUGCAUAUCAAGCUAAAGUUACUAAAAACAUUUUCUACCUUUUUGUUGAUAUGGAAUGUGUGAUCUGCCUGCCAUUUGAAAGGUGGUUACAUUAACAGAUUAAAAUCACUUUUUGUGUCUGUGCA